AUGGUCAAGCUACUGCUUGCAACACCGAACAUUCAGGUUAAUUUAAAAGACAAUGAAGGAAGGACUCCUUUUUCAUGGGCCGCAGCAUCAUGCAAUGAUAACGUGUUCAAGAGGGUACUCAGGGCACCUGGCGUGGAUGUCAACUCACAAGACAACAAUGGACGGACUCCCCUUUCAUGGGCCGCAGCAUCAGGAGAUAGCAGCGUAGUUCAGACACUGCUCUGUUCAAGGGACGUGGACGUGGACGUGGAUUUACAAGACAAGAAUGGACGGACUCCUCUUUCGUGGGCUGCAGCAUCA